CGCUUGACGCCGCGCGCAGCGUAAGGGCAAGAGGGCCGGCUGCAGAGGGGGGGUGUUAUUUUUUUUUCCCCCUCUCGUUUUCGUCGUCUCCGAAGGUGAGUGAGGGCGAAUAUUUAUGUCGGGGGAGGGGGAACUAUAUCCCCCCCCACGGGUCCGCUGCAUAUGUGGGAGUCAAAGUGCUAGCUCUGCAGGUGAAUCCGAAAAGGUGAGAGGGGACGAGCGAGGAGAGAGGAGCGCCUGUCCCAAAGGCGAAGAGAACGUCCCGAAAAGAGGAGGCGCGGCAGAGAUGACACCCGUCACUCGUCAAGAAGUCCUGGGUCUUUACCGCAAAGUAUUCCGAAUAGCCAAAACAUGGCAGUCAGCAUCUGGACAGAUGAAAGAGACGGAGAAAGAAAAACAGUAUAUUAUCAGCGAAGCUAAAACGUUGUUCCAGAAGAAUCGAAAUCUAACAGAUCCCGAGCUGAUUAAACAAUGCGUACAGGAGUGCAAGGCGAGAAUAGAGCUCGGACUUCAUUAUCGCAACCCGUAUCCAAGGCCUAUUCAUUUGCCACCCAUGGGCCUCGCCCUGCCACAAGCCCGGGCGUUUCGGCAUCAGGAGAAGCUAAGGAAAAUCUCUAAACCGGUUUAUUUAAAAUCUCACGAUGAAAUUUCAUAGCCCCCUAAUCAAGCUGGGGUUGAUAUCGUCAAAGGCUAUCUGGCUGAUGCGCUUGGCAUGAACGACAGGCGAAAAUGAAAUUGGUAUGGUUACCACCGGGUGAUUUUUUGGAGGGGUUUUGUUUCCAAGGUUCGGGACUCCACUUGGUCCCAAGGAGAGAGGAGAAGGAUGAGCUAAAAUUGCCCUCUGUGAAAGAAUUGUGAAAGCAUUGUGGGAAAAUAAAAAAAAAAAUUAGGAAAAAAAACCUCAAGAUCUCUGACCAGCCUUUUGUUGUACUUGGCUACAUAACCUCAUGUGCUAUUGAUAUAUAUAUAUU